AUUUCGAUUUUUUGCCAUUAUUUAUCUCAUUUCUCAACUAUUGCUAUUUGCCGCCUGCGUGGGCCACUUUCAAAAGCUUUUGUGGGGCUUCCGUCGAUUAAUUUUGGCGUUAUUUUUUUCUUCCUAUUUUUGUGGCUUUAUUUAUUUAUUUAUUUCGUUUUCGUCGUAUCAUAAAGCCAAAAAACUUGAUUUGUGCGCACGGCCAGCCGUAAAUCAAUUUAACAAUAUCAAUUCGGUCGUAAAACCGUUUGAAAAAAGCACGUCUAAACGAAUUUAUCCAUAUAUAUAUAUAUACGAAAACCAUGCAGCCGAAGUGUUAAUAUUAAUCGAGAAACUACAACAAAGCCGAAAGAAAACAACAUGUAAGGCGACUUAAAAAGCUAGCUUUGCCACUCGAAAAGAUGGCCGCCAGGAUGUGCAGCGUCGUUUCCAGCGUCAUCAUCAUCUAGUUGCAGCAGCACUCACAGAUACCCACAAAUACAAAUACAGAUACAGCUUCAGCCACAGCUACAGACACAGAUACACACGCACACCAAUGCCGCUGGCAGCCAGACACUCGCACACCAAUGCCAGUCCCUCUUAAAGGCUGGAUGGAUCCCAUGUCAGUUUCGUUUAUGAGUUUUAACAUUAAAACUACCGAAGCUCACUCGAAGCCCACCAAAAAGCAUUCGACUUUUGUUCCACGAAGUCUGAAAAAAGAUACAGGUGGAGCGGCGGUUGGCGCCCAUCACGGCCACCAUUUGGCCGCUGGGGCGCGCAAGCCGAAGCUGCGUCGCUUCAACUCCCACGACACCAGCUCCAAUAUGUUCUCGGUGGCGGAUUUCGAGAACGCCCGUCUGGCCCGCCGCAAUGAAAUCGAGUUGAACAAGCGCUUGGAGCGACGCCUGCGCGGCAGCGCCAACAACAGCACCUACGGAUUGGGAGGAGGAGGAGCGGGUUGCGGAGCGGGAUCAGGAUUGGCGGGUGGAGCAGGUGGCGGCGGCUAUUCCGGAUUCUGUGGCGGACUCAAUGGCAGCGGCGAUUACUCCACCGGCGACAGCAAGGCCUCCAAGGGCAGCAGCGAGUCGCAGCAGGAAGCGCUGCCUGCCGAUGUGUUUCUCGAGCGGAAUCCCCUGCCCCGUGUGGUCCGCAUCUUGCAUGCUGGCAAGAACUCCAACGAAACUCUGCAGUCCAGCUCAUCGCAUGGCUCCUCCACGGCGGCUUCGAGCAGCUCCUCGACGGGAGCGAAUCCGGUUGGUGGUGGUGGUGGUGGCAACAUUGACACCGGCACCGGCACCGGUACCCAUUCAUUGUCCAGCGGAGGAAGCGGGACCGGAAACGGAACUGGCUUUGGUCCUGGUUCUGGUUCUGGUUCGGGUCCUGGACACCAAAUCAACAACAGUCGCCACAGCAGCCAUGGUGGCACCCCACCCGGCCACGAUGAGCUCUUUCUGCUCUACAGGCUGGUGCGACAGCGCAACAUCUACCACGGACACAAUGCCAAAACUCAGGCUUCGCAGCGCAAAAAGACUGUGCUCAUUCCACAGGAGUUUCCGGGUUACUUUUCGCUGCUGAGCGAGAAGGGUCUGGCCACGGCCACGCAGUACGGAUCUCUGAUACAGCUGGUGCGGGAACGGGUCUACAAGUUCGUGUCGGUGGACAACAUGCCGGCGUUUACCGAAUCCUCGCCCAGCAGUGCCAGUAGUCCCACGCACGAGGGCUGCCUGCCCAUAAUCAAGGGUCGUCCGCAGUAUGUUAAAACGACGGCCAGGGGCGGACAGGUGUUCCGUCUGCUGGCCGUCUUCGAGGAUGGGAAACAGGAGCAGGGCCAGAACAAUAUGUCGCAGCAUGGCAACAUUAAUGUGUCCAAGUCUCAUGGCAGUGGCUACAUGGGACGCGAGAAGGAGAAGAAUCGGUACGCUCAGUUGCUGAACGAGAACCGGCAGGUGAUGUACGUCCCACUGUCCACCAAGGGCAAGUUCUACGAGAUCGAGCCGGGAAUCCCUCAGCUGCUGCAGAAGUUGGGCGAUGCCCAGCGCAAGCUAAAUCCGGAGUGUGUGCAUCGUUUGGGUGCCUUGGUAACGGCGGCCAAGCAGUUGCCGCUGACACUGCGUUACAUUUCGGGUCCCGGCGCUCCCGACAUCCCCGAGCAGUUGUGCAUUAGUCAGGUGAGCAAGGAGGAUGUGGUGGUGGGCUGUUCCAUUGAGGAUGUGGACUCCCAGACGCCGCUGCAGCUAAGGAAGUUCUAUCCCAGUCGAGACAUGCAGCUGGUAAAGAGUUAUCUGGGCUUUGAUUCCGAGCAGCGGAUGCUGGCCAACACGAAUGUACAGAAUAUGCUCAAGUUUUGCCAAUUCAACUGCGAUCCGUUCCUGAAGUUGGUGGAGAUUGAGUUGAUUCAGCGAUCGGAACGUUCGGCAAGCAAGAAUCGCGAGGGCCUACGCAUCCUGAAGCCAUUGCAUUUUCCAAAGAUCUUGAGGCGUGAGAAGAGCACCAUGGCAGCGGCGCACGAGAAAGAGGACUCCAUUAUCUUCCUCAGCAAAUCCGAUCUGGAGAAUCUGGAGGCCAAAGAGGCGGCGGCUGCUGUGGCAGCUCAGUCGGAAUCCAGUCUGAAUCGCAUCUCCGAACGCAUGAGCGUGUUCCAGUCCACCAAGAAGAAGUGGUUCGGCAAACAUCAUACCCAGCAGCAGCACCACCAGCACCACCAGCACCAGCAGCAACAGCAGCAGCAUCAGCAACUGGUGGAGAAACAGCAAUCUGAACUAGAUCUCGAUGAGCAGGCCAAGCGAAUGAGCAUGGAGCGCUAUACGGACAUGUCAAAGCUUCUGCAGGAGCGUUUCGGUUCGGAUCCCGAGCAGCCGGAUCAGGAUGGCAUCUCGCUGAACAGCACAGCAGCCUCCGACACCGAGACCACAAUGCUGACCACCAUGGAGCCCAAAUCGCUGGACACGCUGCUGCAGAAGUCCAUGUCCCUGCAGGACAUCGAGCUGCUGAAUGGCCAGUGCAAGCCGCGUCCCGAUCUGCUGGCCAGCCACAAUCACACGGAUGCCAUCAGCGAGGCGGGUACCGAGCUGGAGGAUGUGGAGAACCAGACACCACCGCCACAGUCCUUCAUCACGGAGAAGCUGUACAAUGAGUUCCAUGUGAAGACGCGGCAGUACAGCAAGUCAUCGUCGAGCUUGCAUCAGUUGCGCCUUUUUGCGUUGCCACAAAAGUUGCAGCUUCACGAGGCGGAGAAGGAGAAGCGUCAUCUGAUGCUGCUGAAGGCACAACAGCAGUCGCUGGCCAAGGAGCCCAUCACCGGAAGAAGGGCAGCGGGUGGAGUUUGUCUUUUGGGUGGCGGACUCAAUCACCUGCCCAUUUCGCCAGCCUCGCUGGUGGAAGACGAUCUCCCGUACUCGAGUGUGCGCGAUUCGCUGGUAAUAUCCGCCGGCGGCGGCUGUCUGCGAUCGGAGGCAGCCAACAGGCCAGUUCCGGCCGUGGAUUACAUCAAGGAGAAUAUAUACGCGGAGAUCUGUCCAUCGCACACCGCGGACACCUUCUCGGGCACCACUCAGUUAACUCAUGUGCAGGACGACGACGGGGACUACGCUUCGCUCAAGUAUUCGGUCAACGGCGGACCACAGUCCGUCAGCCGCAUCGAGGUGAAUGGAGCGACGACGACGGCGGUGAAGAGCAGCGCCAUCAGCUACCACACCGUGUACCUGGGCGAGGAGCCGCUGGGCGAGCGACACGCUGCCCACAUCACCACCGUGGAGCUGGCCGGCGAGGAUAACAUUUACAAUACGCUCAAAUGAUGACUCAUGUGAUUCCGGCGACGUAAGUUUGCCGGCGCCAAGGGCCUGUUUUAAAGACGCCAAUGAACAAAGGGUAAACAAGGGAAAAGAAGGAAUGGCCUGUCUCAUAUGAUCCUAUCCAAGGCCUUCUUAUUGUCUUGUACUCGAAAGUAUUUUUAUUUAUUUUCAUAGUUACUCAAUCUCAAGAAGGAAACUCUAAUACACUAGAACCUUUAAUUUAUGUUAUUUUAUACUCUUUGUAAUUUGCGCUUAAUUUUUUAAAAAGGAAAAAAUAUUUUACUUUGUUUUUAAUGUGUGAUUUUCAGUAAAAAAAAACAUUUUGUAUACGAUAUGUUAUAAUUUCCAUGAAGAGUUAAAUUCAAGCAUUAUUUACCUUUUAUAUCGCCUUAUAAAUGUCGUAUUCCUCAAUUGAAUUGAAAUUUAGUUGAGAUUGAUUUUGUGUUUGAACAGUUUUAAGAUAGUACCCCUAACUUUGAUUGAUGGCAGGAUUAAAGUCAUAUCCAAGAGAAUUUUUUCGAGUACAAGAUAAUGAAAAGAUAAUAUUUAAUCAGACAAUAUUGGAAUAAAACCAUUUAUUCGUUGCAAGGCUUUGUCUAAGAUCUGAACAAUUUUUUGGGAUAGGCUUUAAGAGCGACGAGCCACUAAAUCAAAUGAAUUUAUAUUUUAAUUUGUAUACAAUGCUGAGAAAUGGUUGCAGCACCAUUGUAAGAAUGUAGUCAUUAAUCUGUGAAGGCUCUUCCCAAUUUAAAGAGAAUUCAUUUUCCUGUCUGCCCUUUGACCUUGGCUUAGAGGAGCUUGGAGUAAUAUUUAAUAAUUUAAACUAUAUUAAAUGCAAGUCGUAUGGCGCUGAUGCACAAAAAACACACACAAGAAGAGAAGAGAAAAAUAUCUUAUUUUGCGUUUCGUAACAGUAGACACUAAAACUAAACGAAUUAUGUAUUGUGAGUUCAAGCAGAAAUUGAAUCUGGUUUAUCGAACACCUUAACAAAAAACGAAAAGAAAAAUCUCUAUCGUAACAUAUAAUUACACAUAUAUUUGUAGCAAGUAGUAUUAGCAUAGGGAUCAACUUUGUAAAUGAGACGUCGCUGUGGACGACGAAAAACGCCCUUGAAAUGACAACAGAAAUUGUAAUAUUAUUAUUAACCAAGUGAAGACAAGCAAUUUUGUAUUGUAAUCUAUAUAUGGGUGGCAGCAUUGCGCCCCCAGUUCACCACCUUCGACCCAUUUAAACACCCCGAUCCCUAACACAUACAAAAAACAUCAUGAUGAAACUGAACAUUUGGAAAUUGCAAUAUUAUACAAUUGUAUACAUUACUUAUAUAUAGCUAUACUUAUACACAUAUACUUACAUACAUACAAUAUGGAAAUCUUAGUGCAAACCUAAGGUAUUAUUAGCUCGUAGGCAAUCAACAAGUCAAAUCAAAUCAUAAGAGAUAUACAUCCACAUAUGCAUAUAUUGUAUAUUUGUAAAAUAGCAUAAACUUUUAGGGCAAAAUGCCAAACUUUUACACGAUCUCUCGUAUUUUGUCGUUCUUUUUUGGAAACCCAUUAACUUGGAUUUGUUGGUUUCACUUGUUUGUACCGUCCCAACAAUUCCAAGUUGAUCAAACAAAACGAUUACAUCAAAGUGCGGGCAUGUCCACAUAACAUUGUAAAUAUUUAAACAAGUCUGUUUGUCCGCUUCGUUCGAUGCCUGCUAAUGAAAUUGUGCCGGCCACCUAUCACAGAACUUUACCUAGAAACACAUAUUAAAUAUAUGAAUAAGUAACUUUAUCGAGCCAUAUAGAAGUGCAGUCUCAAAGUAGAGUUUAGACAUUAAGAUCCAGUUUCUAGUCUUAAUUUGAAAGCAAAUAUGAAACAGUUUCGAACUAGAGACAUGCCGAACUUUAACUUGUGUAAUGAAUGACUUCGGUGUCACCGGAGGAUUCUUCAAUAUAUACACUUUCAAUUGGGUACUACAUAAAUAAAUAUUUAGCAAGAA